CGCUGCGUAAUUAUAGGGUUUUACAUGACCCUGGAUUAAUCCCUCUGGAUGAAACGCGAUGACCUAGUUCUACGUCUGCCUCGUUUUCAGACAAACAGAGUGAUGAUGCGCUCUGAGCUGCGUGCAUCCCACACGAGAGAACGGGGUUAGGAUUCCCGGCAGAUCCAUAGGAGGCAAGAACCACAACCGAAAUAUUUUUACGCCCCUUCUAUGCCUCCCACCCAUAUGCUUCGCUGCGAUUGGAGAGCAGCCCGGCGGAUCCAAGCGGUGGAUGCCGGGUCCUUUGUGUGCCGGUGUAGUCGACCUGUGGUCCCUUCGCUGUCAUCCCUACGCUACCCGCUGGUUCUCUAAAUAGACCGCCCUUUUGAGCUACGUCAUUUUACAGUUUAGUAAGCGACGAAUUCAAACUGUGCACAGAUCUGUCCUCUUACAACACUGACAAGGUCAGCAUUCAAGGACUACGUUUGGAGACUUCUAUAAGGUAAUUACAGUUUCACUGACAGAUCUCGGAUGAUGCGAUGUGAUAACGAUGGUAGGCUGUUUCUCCAUCAGGUGUCUGAAGUUACUUUACCAGGGAUCAGUGUCUAGUGUCCCCGAUGAUGCGCUGUGAUUCUUAAUAUGAGCAUUAGAACAAGCCAACAAGUUCAGCAUGGGUUUGUGAACACCACUUGAAAAACCAUGCGCAACAUGUUAAUAAUAAUAAUACGAUAAGUUAAAUAUCACUAUGCGUUCACUUGCUGCAAUGUUAAACAUCUUGUCGUCAGGACGUCAGGACGUCCCAUGUGGAAUUGGUUUUAGUAACCUCGGCAACAUGCCAACCAUGCCCCACUUAUAUGAUCGGACGCUAGCAGACUAUAGUGUCGAGAGGUAUUUCCUUAUUCCGUUUGUACAUAUUGAUGAUCAAAUGCCCAAAUAACUGGUUCUAUCCGGUUUGUUAGUGCAGUGGCCGGCAACACUUCAGUGGUGUAUCUAAAAGAUGACCGGGCACGCGGGCGUAUUGCAUCAUUGUGUCGAGUUGCGGUGAGUCGUCCACUCAUCCCAAGCUUUUCCACUUACCGUGGAGGAUAUAGAAAGCAAAACAAACCAAUGCCAACUGUUUAGGCAGUGUCGCAAAUAUCUUUCUAUAAUUAUCUGAGGAUUUGAUCGGGACCUUUUUUCCUUAAGCAGGUUUGGCUCAAGCCAUAGACAGUUUCAUCCCUCGCAGGCUGAUACAACUGUUCGUCUACACACGUCACAUGACGCGACUAAAGACCACUGUGUCUAAACAGUGUAAUCUGCAAAACACAAUGACUGCUUUCGAUUUUAAGUAACAGAUUGUUAAUUCCUAUUUGGGGUGUUUGAGUCGUGUGGGUUUGCAUUUAAUCAAUGUAAUCACCUCGAUGGUGAAUUAAGUGAAGAGGGGAGAAGAGACAUCACAAACCAAAAUAGGCUGAGUGAACGCUUGGGGCACUACAUUAAUUAUGAGACCACACCAGAGCUUUAUGCCUCUGCUGAUUUCACAUGUUUGUCAACAUCACUGGCCUACAUGAAGCAAUAUACUGCUGCCCUGUGCGUUUUACAUAUAAUUUUCUCGGCCAUGACGUAUAUGUUGCAUACACUAUCGUUUGCUCCACUUGAUUCAACAGAGAAUAUAGUAUCUAUACUAACACCAGUGCAGGGAAAAGACCCAAACCCUUUCUCCAGACAGCCUGAACCACAAGUGCUCUCUCAUGGUGUGUCGAACAAUUUAAUGGAAUAAAGAUGAUGGGUCACUGACAUGAUGGCUAGUGGAAGCGUUGGAGGCGUAAUCAUCAAGUGCCUCUCAUAUAAAGAGAUGGGAAAGUUAUAGAAAGUUGGCGCAGAUUCAUUGUUCCUCCUGCUGUGUGUAGUCUGAGCUGUGUGCUUGUUUCCUAGCGAAAAAGAGAUCCAUAUUUGAAAAGUAUCACUCGCUCACUCUGCGUUCGCCGCACUGGUGUACUAACUCAGCUACGUGAGUGAAAACACUCUAUAGGGCAGGGGUAUUCAAUUAAAAUUCAACGAGGUCCAGUUAGAGUAAAUGUCCUCAAGCAGAGGUCCGGAACAUCAUAAUGUCUAACUUGUGUUAUGAUUCAGUGCCAUAUAUAUUAAAAUAGCCCAGUAUGUAGUCAACAACUGACUGUCACCUAACAAGUCUUCACAGAACUUUUUCUUCUCCUUGUUGAAUAACCUUACAUAAACAGCUGACCAUUGUCACACACAUCAGUGGAGUCAGCUACAGCUAAGCCUACACAUGGUGCCUAAUGAAUUGCUUCAUCCAGCUGUGCUAGCACAUCCUGAGUUAAUAUUUCAGUUUUCUUUGUGGCUGAGGAUGCUGCCAUAGGUAUUUGCUUCAUUUUUUCACAAAACUCUUAUUUUCUUCGGAUUUGAGUGGGUAUGUUUGCUCGAAAGAUUUGUGCUUCGUCUCGUAGUGGCGCUUCACAUUGCCGCUUUUAAUAAUCGCCAGAGUCUCGGGACAUAUGAGACGUACUGGUUUUGAACUGCCCGUGGGAAGAAUGACCAUAUAAUAGUCUGUCCAUUCUUGAUUAAAAGCUCUGUUUUCGCUGUCUACUUUUCUCUUUUUAGAGCACCCCAUGUGAUGUAUACCUUUCUCUCUCAAUUAUUUCUCGGACUACUGUCUCAUCCCGUCUCUCUCCACUGAGUGUUUAUCUCACUCACUGACUCGAGUCGCAAUGCUUAUCGGAAUGCACAGAUUUGAUUGGCUGAGUAGCAUCACGUGAGAUUAUUUACAACGAACGCAAUUGUUCUGUGAGUUUCCUGGGCCGCUAAACCAGUGCCGGUUUAAAUAGAAACGCCCAGUCAAAAUGUAAAAAUUCUCAGUCAUUUAUUGGUUAUACUGUAGGUCUGGGUCCGGGCACGGACUGCGGUCCGCCUAUUAGUGACCUCGGCCAUAGGGGCACAAAGUAGACCUCUGUUUUGGGAGGCUGGUAUUCCAAGUACUUUCAGGUAUGACAUCCUUGGAGUAAAGGACAGAAUAUGUCCACAUUGCUACUUAGACAUCUGGUGCCCCAUUCAUUUGAUUUAAGUAAAGGCUUUGAAGGUCAAUUGGAUAUUGGGAGAUGAUAUUGAUGAUACGUUUCAUCAUAGAUGCUGUAGGCCAUUAAAGAUGUUCAAUUUCAUUUAUGGCCAUUUGUGGGGUUUUCCAUAUGUAAGUUAAUGCUUACUUGAUCAAGUGUGAAUUCAGGAUUUUAUAAAUGUAUUUCAGUCCUUAAAACAUUAUGCUGUGAAUAUACAGUCCACCCGUAUACUGCAAUACCUAUUGUAGGUGUUUGUGUAUUUUUUAAAACUUUUUUGGCAAGCUUUAGAAGUUUUUAAACACUGCCAUUGUGGACGUGGUGGACGAGGACGUAGUGACUCCGUCUGUAGUACUCUUUGCCGGUUCAGUAGUCACCAAGCAUGACUGUUGGCAAGGUAACUUUCCUUCCUAAACUAAUCUGCUUCAAGUUACUGUAUGGAUGUGUGUGUUUUCAUUAGGUCACAGCUCAGCUUCAUUGACUACAAGUGAAGGCACUUUAACUUUUAUUGCAAACUCAUUUGCAGGUGUUUUCAGCUUUUUAAAUGGUUUAUGUAUUUUACAUCUUGAAAAUACUGUAGUAAUUGCCUUAGUAUUGUUAAACAGAUCUGAACUUUACUCAGUUGUCCUUCCUGGAGUCGAAGUUGAGUGAGUGGUGUUGCCGUCACACCGUGCUUUGGUAAACAGGGAAGUGGAAAGAGCUCAGACCGUAAUCUGUGGUGAGUAAACCCCCCCUGUUUAAUUUAUUUAAAAGAAACCGUGGCUGAAAAGUUGACAUCUGGUCAGUAGAGCAGAUGUAGCUCUCACACUCUCCUGUCCUCUCUGUGUCUCCAGUCACAUGUUCUAUGUGACUCUGCUGUUCUUCGUUCCUCUUUUGUGAUAAGGUCUCUGCUUAGCCUAGUUACAGUUGUGAGUACCAUCACCACACAACAGGUGUAUUCCACGAAGUACGAUCAUUCAGUCGGGUAGAAGGUCAGAGAAAGAGAAUUUUUCUUUUUCCAGUUAUCCCACUGCGUAGGUUUUGUUGUUUCGCUCUGGUCCGUCACGCAGAGUGUGAAAUGGUUCCCUGUGGAAGACGCAACAGGCAUCCUAGUUGUAAAAAUAACCGUUCCAUCCCGGUUUAAUCUAUUGUUUUCCCUACUAUCUCAGGUUACUUCUUUAUUGCUUAACCAAGCAGGCAAGGUAGCGGCUGUUUAUUGCAUUCGCAGAGACCUCUUGCUUUUACAGUGGGCGUCUCUCAAGUUUGAAAGAGCGAGCAGGGCCAAAGAUGCCACCACCUGCUGCAGGACCAGCGGCGGUGCCCCCGCCUGACGGAGGCUGGGGUUGGGCUGUGGUGUGUGGAUCCUUCAUCUCCAUCGGCUUCUCCUACGCCUUCCCCAAGGCCACCACCGUCUUCUUCAAGGACAUCCAGACCAUCUUCGACGCCUCCUACAGCCAGGUGGCAUGGAUCUCCUCCAUCAUGCUGGCUGUGAUGUACGCCGGAGGCCCCAUAAGCAGCAUAUUGGUAAACAAAUAUGGCUGCCGACCCAUCAUGAUCAUGGGAGGCAUGAUCUCUUCCUUCGCUAUGAUUUUGGCGUCCUUCUGUAACAAUGUCAUCCAGCUUUAUCUCUGUAUCGGUGUACUGGGGGGUCUCGGCCUAGCCUUCAACCUGCAACCUGCUGUGACGAUGAUUGGCAGGUACUUCUACAAGAAGCGUCCCAUCGCUAACGGCAUGGCCAUGGCGGGCAGCCCUGUCUUCCUCAGCACCCUGGCGCCGCUCAACCAGUACCUGAUCAACGCCUACGGGUGGCGCGGCAGCUUCCUCAUCCUCGGAGGGCUCGUGCUCAACUGCUGCGUGGCCGGGGCCCUCAUGAGGCCCCUGGAGCCUCCGAUCAACCAGAAGAAGAAAGACGAGGAGAUGCCAGCACUGACGCCCGCCACCACCUCCACUGAGAAGGUGACCUGCUGGGAAACGGUGAACAAGUACCUGGACCUGUCGCUGUUCAAGCACCGCGGCUUCCUCAUCUACCUGUCGGGAAACGUCAUCAUGUUCGUGGGCUUCUUCGCACCCAUCGUCUUCCUGUCGCCGUUUGCCAAGGACAACGGCGUGGACGAGUACUCGGCCGCUUUCCUACUCUCCAUCCUGGCCUUCGUGGACAUGUUCGCCCGACCGUCCAUGGGCCUGUUGGCCAACUCGCGCUGGGUGCGCCCACGCAUCCAGUACUUCUUCAGCUUCGCCGUUCUUUACAAUGGGGUGUGCCACCUCAUGUGUACGCAGGUCGAGACCUACACGGGCAUGGUGGUGUACGCCGUGUUCUUCGGCUUCGCCUUCGGGAUGGUCAGCGCCGUCCUGUUUGAGACGCUUAUGGACCUGGUUGGGCCGCAGAGGUUCUCCAGCGCCGUCGGCCUCACCACCAUCGUGGAGUGCGGCCCGGUGCUGAUUGGCCCACCGCUUGCAGGCAAACUGGUGGACGUCACCAAGAACUACAAGUACAUGUACUUCUGCUGUGGCGUGGUGGUGGUUAUCGCCAGCAUCUGGCUAUUCAUCGGCAACUACAUCAACUACCGCCUGCUGGACAAGGAGCGCAAGCAAGAGGAGAUGUACAAGCAGGCCGAGACAGAGGACCCCGACCGCGACGGCAAGGAGGCCGACGGGAACGCCCAGACGUCAGAGAAACCGGACGAUGCUAUGCAGCGCGAGACCAAUAUUUAGACUGGGUUCUGUUUCUGUUUUUUUUUUUUUUUUUUUUUUUUGAAGACCACAUCCAGCCACACACACACACACACACACACAAACCUCUCUCUCUAUGUCUCUCUCUGAACUAUGUUUAGGAGACGAUGUGUUGUGGGUGGGUCUUGCGUAAUGUAAAACUGCCAAAGCAACAAGGAAGCCAACAUGUUACUGUCAGCAAUGCUGUUAUAUAUGCUAUAAACUGCGUUAGGGAAGGUGAACCAUUUUGGAACAUUUCAGGAGAUGGAGGAACUUAUGGCAAAGGAGUGGAACUAGGGAAGUUCUGCGACAUAUUUUUUUUGCUUUGAAUAAAAUUGUGUGAAUGUGAAUGAUUCCCAGAGGUCAGUUGGAACAGGUCAGGUCAGGUUCUAAUUCAAGCCAGAUAUAGACCAGGUCCGACCCAAAGUCAACCACUUUCUGAGUAGAUGUAGCUCCUUGAAAUAGCUCACACCACUAAUAGCAUUGAGAACUAGUGGCAAUGUAUUCAUUUCUGAUUUGGCAAGAGGCAUUUUAUGAGUGGGGAUACCCUGGUGCAACCCUGUGCCUACAGCCAAAUCACAGCCGUGGGGGAUAUCCUUUACCAACUCUCAUUCUCAUUCAUCUCACAUGGCUUACUAGCUCCUCAAAUUAGCGCACAGCACUAAAUACCAUUGAGAACUAGUGAAGCAAGGCCUAAGUUCCUCCUUAAAUAAGUACGGUCUUUCAGGUUUGCAAACCAGCAGGUAAAAAACAUAGGCUUUAUGCAUCACGUUUGGUGUUCAGGUCAGGGUAUAAGUUGAGUGGAGGGAAAAGAUGGGAAGAUGAAAAGAAAAAAGAAAAAGAUAAGAUGUGGAAAAAGAGAAUACAUGUGCUCAGUGGCUUGUUUGUUAUGUAUCGUAAUAUGCUGCCCUUUCUUUGCACACGAAGUCCAGUGUGUGUGUGUGCUGUACGUUUGACUAAUCUACCCCACAUGCUGCACCUAUUGUAUGCUGCACUGUUUCAGUCUGCCAGUAGAUUCAAAUGAAAGACACAUGCAAUUCAAUCCAAUUUUUAAAUGCGGUUGAAUGUAAAUGCUUAAACGGCUGCAAAAGUAUGCAAUAGUAUCCUUGUGUGGGCCUUACGCAGUUUGGUGCGUUCCUGACCAAAUUCUCAUUCAUCCAAAUAACAUGCUUUGAUGGCACUGAUCUAUGAUUUAAGGCAUUCCUAGACCAGUGAUUGCUUGUUAAUGUGAGGCUUUAUGAGCAAUAUGCUAUGUGGUAGUCGUGUUCAUAAUUAACAUACAUACAUUUGAUGUCUGAUCAAUGGUAAAUGGUCAUUCUUGAGAGUGAAGCUGCAUGAAUUGAAACUUUCAACAAUGAUGGAUUGCCUUAAUUGUAAAUUGAAACUGAUAAGAUGAUAUUAUGUAUGCAUAUGAUAAACAGUAUACAGUAUAGCUGAUGUCAUGUACCUAACAAAUUAUGAAAUAUUUAAUGAGGGGUUGACCAAUUAUGGUGUUAAAUACGACUUUUUGCCAGUCUGAUUAAGGUAUUGCUUUGUUUGUGUCUCUGAUUGGGUUGAAUUUGAUUUAAUAUACUUGAAUGUCAUCACCCUAUAAUGCACCUACAGACAUAGUGCAACAAUGAUAUUUAAAAAUACGUUCACAAAGGUGACCUUCACAAAAUAUGUGCUGUGUAACUCUUGUGUGGUGAAACAAAGCUGAAGAUUAGCUGAAAAGAUAUAGUCCAACUUUCCAUGUUUGGUGCAUUAUUGACACAAGUACAGGGGGAUCAGACACAAUCGUAUGCAAAAAAUAGAACUGAAAUGCUUACUACCACAUUUUUGUGCAAUAUUCCAUGUUAUUCAUUCUAACGAUGCCAUCCAAACCAUUGACUAUUUACUUCACGUUGUUACACUUUUACACUAUCAUUCAAUAGUUUGGAAUCUCCUGUGAUGAUACUGCUUAAGCUUGUUGCAGUAGCUAUUAUAAUCACAAUGUGACACUGACACCACAGUGGUUUGUAAGGUUCUGUGUUUUAUUAACGGGCCAGUUGCUCAAUAUUUUGCACAAGCGUUAAUGAACUUAUAGGUAAUACAAUCACUUAAUGGUAUUUUAUGGUUAAAGUACUGUACUUGCUCCUAGAUGUGAUCCCCACUUGAAAUGACAUAGGGUUCUGGAUAGAAUUUGUUGUUAAAAUAGUGUUGUUUCUUUUCCAGGUAGUUUUUAAUGUGUAAGAUUACAACAUUGAAGUGUUACUGUUUAUUUAUGUGCAACAAAACUUUCCAACUUUGUGGCUGGUGAUUCCAAACUUUUGACUGGUAGUGUGGCCAUAAAAAUAGUUCAUUGUCAGUCAUGACACUGUGGGUAUUGUGAGUAGGCGAAGACGGACUAUAAAACUUUACACCAGCUAAACCUCAGCUGUGUUCUUUUGCAUCUCACAGCUCUGUAGUAUUAAUGUGAUUACAGUCAAUCAGCGUGAUUUCAGUGUGAAUCUGUUUUUUCAAGGCUAUGAUUCAUUGAAUUAAUUAAUUGAUUGUCAGUUUUUCUGGCAGGUAACACUGCCCCCUAUAGGCAGUAGUGUACCACAGAAAUGGAAAAAACAACAACUUCAUAGCAUGCAAUUCUUUCGGAUUUACUAGGAAUCUGAAUCAUAUUUAAUUUUCUAAACAUUGUCUUCAUUUUCUUCUUUUCACAUAGUUUUAUUUUUACUUUUAUUCAGAGGUAUGCUAUUGUGAGCAUUUCACCCUUUGACACUAGUGUAACAUAGGACGUUUGCAAAGCUGAAAAGCCAAUGCAUCAUUAAAUCACUGUUUAAAUUUGUAAAAUACUAGAGCUGUGGAUUUUGUAAGACAGAUUUAUUUUGUCCUUUGCUAUAUUAUUAUUAUUAUUAUUAUUAUUAUUGAGAAUUCUUUUUUGUUUUGAGUAGUAAAAUCACCAAGUGUGUCUGUCCUAUUUCGUUGUUUAUUUUAGAUGUAAUAGGUAUCCCUAUAAGGAUUCUGGGAUGCAAACCAGUACUUUUGAUAUUAUUGACAAUAACUAUUUAAGAAUGAUACCGCUUUUGUUCAUUUGUCUGUCACUGCCCUGGGGUUUGAAUGCGGUCUUCUUUGUGUGGUGAGGUUUUCAUUUGUGCCACAAUUGUAUAAGCUUUUGUGAAAUACAAAAACAACUUUUAUUUUCCUUUUUGUUUGUUCCGUUUUGUAUUUUUCUAAGGACCAAAAGGCUGUAGUUUUGCUUGUUAUCACACUUUGAAACACCUGAAAUUAGUACAAAUUGAACUCAUAAUUAUGCACCAACAGCCUUAUAAAAUAUUAAUUGAAUUUCAAUUAUUUCUAUAUUCUCUUUCUCUCUCUCUCUCUCUCUCUCUCCCUUCUCUUUCUCUCCCUCGUCUCUCUCCCUUCUCUCUCUCCCUUCUCUCUCCAUAUAUACAUAUAUAUACUAAUGGUAGUAUAUACACACAGGGUUAUUGUAGAGUUACACUCUUUUGUUGUCUUCAAAGAAAGACUUUGUAAUUCUGUCUCCAAACAAAGUAUUUGGUCAAAUGGAUGAAAACAAUGAUGAAUCUUUUGUUUAAAAUCAUUUAAUCAGUUGUCUUUUUUUUCUAACCCCAGGAAUAAUUGAAUAAUUAUAUGUCAAUCAUAUACUCACUGAUGUUUGUGUGGGUCUCUGAUAUAAUACAAUGUAAGUAGUUUUGUUUGCAUAGAUUUGUCCUCUAAUGUGAAUAUAAUGUAAUCUACUUAUAUACUCCACUAUACUUACUUUAACUAACCUUUGUCAGACGCACUCAUAGCAGGACUAAUUCAGGAUCUAUGGUUUCUCUCAAGCAGUAGUUCAGAUUGUAAUACAGUUGCACUGUGAAAUGUUUGGUUAUAAGUUAAGUUUUAUGGCAUGUCAAGCUAUGCUGUUCACUUUUAGCCACCUGUUUUCUUCCUAACUGCAUGUUGUAUCGUUCAUUCAGUACAGCAUACUGUGUGCUUUUGUACAAUUGAUGACAUUAAAUGCUAAAGGACAUUUCUGAACACUUCCUCACAGUUUGCCAAAAAUUGAUAACUAAUAUAAUUAGACUUUAGUGAAAUACUUUGAGGAUUGACAUGCCAAUUUAGUAACCUUCUGGUCAGCAUAUGAGGUGGGGAUCUGUUUUUGUCUGCAAAUGCAAUUAGCCAUUAUGUAAUAAAACACCACUAAAUCACAGCUUCCUUGCUUUAAGUUCACUUCUCAUUGGGAGGCUGUGGUUGUCAACAGUUGGUACUGGUCAGCAUCUCCACUAAAUUACUGAAGUGCCAUGAAUGUGAAUAUGAAAGCAGGCCAGCUGCAGCAGCUGCAUCAGUACAGCCAUCCAGAGACCAGGUGUCAAAGUAAAAGCUCUUUUGAAUGUCAGCAGACCUAAUAUCUUAUUAUGUCAUCUUGACCCAAUUUGUCACCAAUGACGAAGGCUGUUAAUUACAUUAAUGCACUGUAAUUGAGAAUUAAAACUAGCCACACAUAACGCAUAAAGACACGCAUAACACUUUUAGAGAAACCUUCUCCCUUUUUUCCCUAGGAGUAUGAGACUAAUUGUGAACAUGAUCUUGCUACUUCAAGUAGACUAGCUAGCAAUAUGUGAUUGAGUUAGCAUGCAUCUGUGCCUUACUGAACCCAAAAAGUAUAAUAUCACUACUGCUUUUGAGUUUAUCAGGAAGUGACUAUUACUUGCCUCCCCUAAGUAAUGUUUUUUUUCUUUUCUUAAAGAGGAAUAUUGAAAUUUCAGGUGAUUUUUGCUAAUUACCUCUUUGAAUCACAUUAAGGUUUACAAGUCAUUGUCAUCAUACGCACAUGUUAAAAACAUGCCAAGACAAGCGCAAAGAGUAUAAAUGUAAGCAUCGCCUUUGCCCUGAAAGGGUGAUUGAGAAAGUGCUGAAGCAAGCUUUUGAAUGUCCUGUCUCAUGUGAAAUCAACAUGUCCACGAUCUUUCUCAUUGUUGUCCCCGGAAACAGAAAAGCAGUGUAUUAACCUCAAAUUAGUAAUAGUGACCCAUGUAAUUGUACCAGUCCCAUGCAUACUCAGCAAAGAAUCACUUUACAGAUAAUCUUGAGGAGAAAGUCUUUUGACCUAGUAUAGUUGUACCAACACUAGGUUCCUAAGAGAAGGAAUGUAUUGUUCCGUGAAAUGAUUGCAUUUCAUCUUGUGUGUCUCACAGAAUGUACAUAAGGUUGUGCUAUGGAAUUAUAUAUUCAAAUGUGAGCUCAUUUUGUUCAAUCUAUCUAAUAUAUUCAUACAUACUUAUACAUUGCUUUGUAUCAGGUGUCAGUUCUUCGUUGACGCUGAAGUUAACUGUAAUUGUCAGUGUAUUGCUCCCAUUCAAUCCGCCCACCACUAACACCUGUGUUCAGAUGAGCCCCAGAUUGCUGUGUCAAUACUUCCUCUACCUCUGCAGAAUUUAAGCUUUAGGAGGGAAAACGCCAGACGGGUAUCCAGACAUCCCAUGUAUUUCCACUGAUUCCAGUGUUUUAUCAGUGCAGAUAACAGUAGUUCAAUAAAGAAUCACAGCUGUUUCAAACUA